AUGCAAGAAAAAAUUCACAUGAAAUUCCCCGGGGAAGACGGCUCCUCAGGAAUCAAGUGGCACCAAGACUGGGCAUUUCUUCCCCACACAAAUGAUAGCAUUGUUACCGUUGGCUUGGCUGUGGAUGACUCCACCAAAGAAAAUGGUAAGCAACAGAAAGCUAGGUAGAGCGAUUUUCGUAUGACCUUUAAAUGAAAACUUGCGAACAAAACAGAAACAACAAACGAACGGCAAUAGAGCGAUUUGAUUGGUUUAUCGAACGGAUACAAACGCGCGUGGUUUUUGUUUGGUUAAACGAACGCUCGGGUGAAAAACCUCAUGCCUGAGAACUUUCUAGAAAUCAUCCUUUACUUCGCUUUGACGUCAUACUGCAACACGAUUGGCCAGUCGAACGGUAAGUUCUCCAUAAUAAGUUUUUCUUUGGCGGGAAAACGAAGAGGCCAUGUUUUGAUCUUUUCAUUCAUUGGCUGAUAAAACAAAUAACGAACACUUACCGAAACCAUUUUUCAAGGUCAUACGAAAAUGGCUCUAACCUGAGAAAAAAGCCGACUUUUAGCGACGCCACCUUUGGUUUCCCUACGAAAUGUAGCCCGCGUAGCAUGGCAGUUUGGGUCGGGAGCGCAACGACAAAACUGUCAAGCAGGGCGGAUAAAUGUUGGGCGGUGAAACGAGCGCUCCGCUCUUCAUUUAAUGUGUGAUGCGGAGUAGGACUGGCACGAGCGCUCUUUCCGCGCUUCCGGUGCGCUUCAAGGCCGGCGAAAUUUUCCUUUUUGCAAACCGGAAAUCCUAUUUUCUUUCUGUAAUUCCAGGCUGAAAUGUUAAAUAGAUAGAUUCGUUUCAUAACAAUAUCAAUAGCAGUUUUAUACGUUUGUGUCUGUACAUCUAUAAGUCAAACUUGUUGGUCGUAUAAUGCCAAAAUUUGAGUUUAAUUUGAAAGUGUUGAAUACCUCGUCCUUCCACUAAAUAUCACUUACUCGUCUUUCGCCGUUUCGUUUGCAAAAGCUUAACACUUCUUAACCUCAAUUUUUACAUAUGUUAAAGGAGGAUAAAUUUUAUAUAACAUAACAAAAAAUUAGAUUGAUAUAUAUAUUGAUAUAGUGGCGUUGUACUUCUUCAAACUUUGCUUCUCGGGUGCAACGCGCAAUGGUGAUUCGCGCCAUGCGUUGCAAAUUCGGCAACCGCAUGUAAACAAAAUUUAUUGAGGUUAGUUGUAAGGUUUUUUCUCCGCUUUUCUCUCUAAAACAAAACAAGGUAAAAAGAAAAAACUGAGGUGAAACUAAUUUUGAAGUUUCGAAGAAACAGAAAGAAGUCUGAGAUGUUUUUUUCAAAAUUAAAAAGAGGGAUGAUGGUGAUUGAAAUUAGCAUAAUUUCACCUUGCACGAACUGCACGCAUACACGUCAUCUAGUUAUGAAACACGAUCUGCUGUCUUUUAGUUUUGCCAUGGAUGACAUGGAUGAGAUUUUCCUUCGUGUUUUAGACAAUACUUAGUUGUUUUUGUUUUGGAAUAACAUCGACAUUGGCGAGUAGCAGAACGAAAAUAUAAUUCAGUGGUAGAGUCAUGGAAGUAAUAAAAGAAACCCUUUGAAAGAGAUGUUUGUCUACUCUAACUAAACCUCCCGCCAAAAAUAGCAACAUUUGCCUCUCGAAGACAGCGUACCAGCACAAAGGAACGAGGGAGAAGUGAAAGAAAACAAUUCAAGCCGCCAUAAUUCAGUGACUGCGGCAGUGUCUAAUGUACAAACCACAUCAUAUCGCAAGCCCCGACCGAAGUCGAAAACAAGCGACAUUUCUAAGCAGAGUCCCAGUCCACUGCAUCACACCUUUUUGCUCGGACGCGCUCGUUUCACCGCCCAACCUUUAUCCGCCCUGCUGGCAAGCCACACGGGCUAUACGAAAUGACGUCCGAGGAAAGAGCGUAGAAAUUCCAUACUGAUGACGCGUCACUAACCAGAUUUGGGUUGCGCUUCUGAUUGGUUGAAGCAAAUAUCCUUAGCGGCACGACUAAUCAAAAGCACCUCCCAGAACUGAGUAGUGACACGUCUUCAGUAUUGAAUUUCUGCAGUCGUCGCUCAGACGUCAUUUCGCAGUGGUAGCGUCGCAAAAUGUUGGCUACGCUACCCUUUCACUUCGUAAAGUAAGCUGUCAGAUUUGAAGGAAGACGGUUAACGAGAAGCUUUUUUAUCCACCCCCGUGUAAUUCGCGCGCACUGUGUAAUACAUUAUGGCGUCGCUCUCUUUAGUGUAGGCUUGCCGUCGCUCUCUUUAGUGUAGGCUUGCCGUCUUAUGUAAGACGCGUCUUACAUAAGACGCGUCUUAAAUAAGACGCGAACUGUACCAUUUAUACGAGCAUGUCUUAUCUAAUAAGACGCGUCUUAGCUAAGCCGCGUCUUAUUUUAGACGAAAUGUGCCGUUUAUACGGAAACUUCGCGUCUUAUUUAAGACGCGUCUUAUGUAAGACGCGUCUUAUUUUUCCUCGUAUAAAUGGCCCUAUUGUUGCAUACAUUAUUCUAAGUCAUAAUCCUUGCCAUUGAAAUGAAACAGCGACAAUAAGUUUUCCUUUCCUUUGACGCCAGUUUUAGUUUCUGUUUCUAGCGACUGAGGAUUGAUCGUUCGCUGGAUUCAUGAACAUAGGAAGGCUUUAUAUAUACAUGCACUUUUAAGGUUCUAUGUAAAGACAAUUCAUCUUUCCUUUCUCUCAAAGGCUGCCUUCAAGUCGUCCCUGGAACUCAUAAAAAGCCAAUCCUUUCUCACUUUAAGGACGGCAAUUUUGUGUCAGCAAUAGAAGAUCCGUCCUUUGACUCCAGUAAAGCUGUACACGUUGAAGUUCCAGCCGGCGGUGCGUCAUUUCACCAUGUGCGCACUGCGCAUGCUUCAGGACCCAACAACUCGACACAAUCAAGGCGAGUGUGCUUCACUCAGUACUGUGCUACCGAUGCCUGGCCUCUCAUUGGCGUUGUUGGACCGGAGGGGUAUGGUGUUGAAGGUCCAGUGGACUGGGAACGAUUCUGUUCUACCAUUGUACGUGGUUCACCAACUCUUUAUCCACGAAUGUUGGAAAUUCCGAUAUCUUUGCCAUUUCCAUACGAAAGAGGAUAUGAUGUAUUUCACAACGAUUCUCAAGAAGCAGCAGAAAGUAAACAGUAG